UGACCGAAGGCGAUGCCUCAUCACCAUUCAUUCUCAGGCAGGCUCUCAGGACAAACACACACUUGCACCGCUCCUUGGACAACUUUUUUCUGAAACAAAAUAAAGCGUGAUGAUGGCAGAAGAAAGUAGGGGCAAGCGAAGGAAACAAGCCAACCCCAGGAGGAAUCGAGUGGAUGCUGAGCAGGUGAGUUCCCUGGGGUCAGAGGGGGAGGAUGAGGUGGGCCUGUGGAGCCUGGAGCACCAGGACUGUCAGGAGAGCCUGGACAAGACGAGCCUGACGCCCAGCGAGGGGACGGAGGAGACCGGCAGCCCGGCCCGCUCCACCCGGCCGCUCAGCCUCAGCCCCGGCAGCAGGAGCUACUGGCCGCAGGUGGAGCGGGAGGUGGAGACGGCAGAAGACGCCAACACAGCAUCUGUCACCGACAGGGAGGGAGACCAGGAACCGUUGAGGAUGUACUGCAAUAACUCAGACUCCCAGAAUUCCUUGGAGGACCUGGCCCACUAUGAGUUUCUGGUCCAGUUGAGGAAGGCCUCUACCUCAGCCAGUCUCCUGGAGCGCUUGAACCACAGCGGCUCCGCAGCAGCGUACCACGCAGGCAGCCGGCUGGACGAGCUGCCCCCGGCCAUCUGGUCUCCUGGAGCUCAGCACAGCUCACCUGAGGGGGCAGAUGCAGGGAGGAGCGAGCAGGCCUGUCCGUUCUGCCACAGGAUGUUUCAGCGAGGAGCUUCUUUGAGGGACCACAUCAAGUACUGUCAGGAGAGGGAGGGGGGCCACAUGGUCUGUCCGCUCUGUGGAUACACUGCCACCCUUAGGGCACAGAUGGAGCGGCACCUGGCACUUCAUAACCAAAUGCAGGACAAGAGUGUCCUCGGUUUGGAUCAAGGCAUUGAGACGAGGAAGUUCAAAUGUCUGCAGUGUGGGAAAGCUUUCAAGUACAAACACCACCUCAAAGAGCAUCUCCGCAUCCACAGCGGUGAGAAACCUUACGAGUGCUCCAACUGCAAGAAGCGUUUCUCUCACUCCGGCUCCUACAGCUCCCACUUAAGCAGCAAAAAGUGCCUGAAUGGGGGGGGAAUCACAGGAGGAGCCAGCAGUGCGUUUAAUGGACAUAGCCAAAGCUCCUUCCACCACUCAUUUCCAACAUCUCCCUCUGGAGGAGGUGGCGGAAACAGUUCUGAAAAGGGCUCUCCGAUUGCAUCACAGUCCAAAGGUCAUGCUGGUCCUCUGGGUCGAGGACCAGAGGACCCUAACCAUCUCUCCCUGCAGGACCCCAACACCACGGGCUUCCCCAGAGCGUCAGACCUGGCUCAGCUUUGGGACCCCUCAGCAGAGCUCUCUGUGAGGACCAGUAUACUGAAAGGGACCACCCUGCUGCCUUAUCUGCCCACUGGGACCAAGUUUGAACAGAUGCUGCAGGAAAUGCUUCACAGGGAGGUGAAGAAAGAUGCGGACAUGGACAGAGGAGAAGCUGCGAUGGAGGAAAGGAAGGGGGUUUUCAACGGAGGAGGGGCUGACAUGAAGGUCUCCCCCGACAGGAGGAGAGAGGCAGUGAGGUCAGGUGAGGGAGAGAGAGGUGUUCUUGGGAUGUCGUGCCGCUGGUGCUCCCACCUUUUCCCCAACGUAGCAGUGCUCCUGCAACACGAGCGCUACCUCUGUAAGUUGAACCGAGAGGCAAUGGAGGUGCCUGAGGGUCUACGCAGCAAAGACCACUCCUCGCCACCUUUAUACUUCCCAAGAUCUGCCAUCAAAGCGGAGAACAGCAAACCAAGUGAAGCAACCAACGGCCUCUCCGAAAACAAAUCACCGUUACAGAAGCUCAGCUGGCACUCUAUACCGCAGCAGCUUUUAGUCGCAAUGCAAUCUCCCCCACACGACAACCGGUCCUCACGAGCCUUCUGGACAAACCAGGAAAAGGGAAGCCCAAGCCAUCCAAUCAACCACUCCCCAGAGCUGACAUCACCUCGAGUCAGAAGAAGGUUUCCAUCAGGAUUUGGCUCUCCGCUCUGCCUGGACCUCACCAGCUGUCCCCCUGAGCUGACCUCCCCUCAUAGCAGCCCGUGGUCCGGACAGAACGAGCCCCUCGACCUCUCCCUGCCCAAGCAGCUCUCAGGUCAUGAGGGGAGACACAAAACUGUAAAUGGUAAUGCAGCCCGAGGAGAGAGGAGAGAGCGUGGGAACCAGCAGUUCAAGAGACCAAGUCCAUCUCAUCAUCUCCCCCUCCACCACCACCCUAUCUUCAGCAGGGCUGGAGCUCCUGUGUUUCCAGGUUCCUUAUAUAAUGGAUUUCCUAUCUUCAACCAGUCUGGUUUAGGGCUUUCAGGACAUGACGGCAUUGCAGCGAUUCCAUUCAGCCAGCCAGCUAACAGCCCUAGGUUUCUCUCUCCCAUGGCCUUCAUGAUGGAGGCAGACGCAGAGGCCACACUGAAGAAGAUCCAUCAGGAGAGACAAGCUCUUAUGGGUGAGGUGUUAAGCCGCGGCGCUCUGGACUACCUUUCUCUCAUGGAUGACGGACUGGAUGGAGGACCAGGGAGGAAGAGACUGAAGAAGACCGAUGAAGGGCUUUACGCUUGUGACAUUUGUGAAAAAACCUUUCAGAAGAGCAGCUCUCUGCUUCGACACAAAUACGAGCACACAGGAAAGCGUCCCCACGAGUGCAAGAUCUGCAACAAAGCCUUCAAGCACAAACACCAUCUGAUUGAGCACAGCCGUCUGCACUCUGGGGAGAAACCCUACCAAUGUGACAAGUGUGGCAAACGCUUCUCUCACUCCGGCUCUUACUCCCAGCACAUGAACCACCGCUACGCCUACUGCAGCAAGGACCAGGACCAGGACCAAGACCCCGAGGAGAUGCCUCUCACCCCGGGGGCCGGGAGCAGCCUCGGGGGCCGCCUCAGCGACGAGACCCGCCUCUCCAUAGAGUAUACCCAAACCGCACACUCCUUCCUCAGCGAUUCCAGUCUGGAUGGAGCUGCAGAGGCCUUCAAGGAGGAGGAGGAGGAUGUGGAAGAGGAGGAGGAUAAAGAGGCAGGAGUUAGUGAUAGUCAUGAGGCACAUGUAGGUUUGUCAGAGGAAGCCAAGGAGCUGGAGAGUAGCCCCAUUCAAGGAUCACCUAUAAGGGAGAAUGGAGUGCAAAAAGAGAGAAAUGGUUAUGAUGUGGAAAAUCAUAUUGACAAUGCAGAGAGAGAAUUCUGGGAGCAAAAAAUGAAGGAGCAGAAUGGAGACUUGGACAGAUGUGAACUGAGCCAUGAUAUAACAGAUUUACCCAGAAUAAAAACUUAAGGGUAACUCUAAAAAGCCAAAACAAUGCCUAUACUAUAUAUAUUUAGACUUUUUAUACCGUUUUCUCUAAUAUGUAUACAAAUACAGUAUGUAACAGCUCCACAGAUUUUUUUACUAAUUUUUACAAAGUGAAAAAAUGCACAGAACUGCCAAACAGUUGCCUUGAAGUGGAUGAAGCCAUACAACAAAAAUAUAUGGGACAAUACCAGUUAUAGUAUUUUAUCAUUCAAAAUAGACUGGAUGUACCUACAAUGCUUUUUGUUUGUUUUAGUUUUUUAAUCUUUGCCAUGACAGCUAAAAAACAUGUGGGUUGACUCAUCUGAGGUCAUGUCACCGGUCCAGAUGUGACAUCGCAGGAAUCUCACUUUGAUAUGCUUGCUGCUGCCGAAUAUUGCACAACCAACAAACAAGAGGCCUUCGUAUUUGAACGUCCAGGAUCCAGCUUUUUUUAGUUUGAAACGUUGCGCCUCUUUGCAUGUGAUCAGGUUAAGAAACAACACCUGAAGGAAAGCUUUGAUUGCAGGACAGAAAGAGUCUGACUGUCACUUUAAAAGUUAGAGCUUGAAUGGGCAAGACACAUUCAAUAUUCUGUGGUAUCAUUUCAUACAAAUCCUUACCUCUAUUUCAAGAGCAAUAACUUGUAAACUGUUUUACAUGAAAAUACACAUAUGUUCCAUUACUUUUUCCAACAGCCAGUGAGCCUCCUUUUAUCAUUCAUGCUGUGAAAUCAUAAGGUGCAGCCACCUCAUCUCUUCUGGUUUUCAAUGGCUCAACGGCUUUGACUUAUAAGCAGUAUAUUUAGAAUUUUAGAGAACAAGCAGUAAAAAGAGGAAGGUGUUUUUUUAAUUUAUUUUUCAAACAAAAAGCAGUGGACUGCACAUCUUUUGUCAUCGUGACAUCUCUAUAUGUCAAGGGGGAUAAAAGAAACUUCAUUUCAUGCAAAGAUAUAUCCUCUUUCUGUUAAUCAUUUACAUGGGCUACAGCUACGUUUUCUCACCCCCUGAAGAAUAAUGUGUCACACAUUUGGGCUGCGUGUCGAGGUGUGGUGAGAGGGUCAAGACUCAGGACACACACAUCAGCUUUGAACUUCCUCUUUCCGACUGCAGUGUAGUCAACGUGAAAAGUACCUCAGAUGUACUGAGACACUGUGAGUAAUCCGACCAAGCCAUGGUACGAAGAGAUAAGACGAUGGUACAUGAGGUGUGACUAAGCCUAAAUGUACUCAUGCAUACCGUGUGCCAAAGACACUUCUUGGUUAUUAUGUGUGUGUGUGUGUGUGUGUGUGGUGUGUGUGUGUGUGGUGUAUGUGUGUGUUUAUCACCAAAGAUAUGCAUAUGUGGCAAGUCAACUGCCACCCAACUCUUUCUUAGUUCCUUACCUGUUAUUUCUGAGUAAAAAAAUAAGCAAGAAAUAGUUUACUCAGCAUCUACACCCGUUUUUUCUUAUCAAGCAGUGUUUUUCUUAUCAUUUACUGGAACUCGUGCAACUUUUGUAUUCACUUUUUAUAUAUGUUGUUUGCAUGUUUGUGGAUAUUUGUAAUAAAAUUGUACAUAUGUUGUCACCAAAAUACCGUAUUUCAUGAAUUUUCAAUUAAAAAUGAUUAUAAAUUGA